GAAGUUGUGAAAGUGGCUACUUAUGGCUUGUUGGGAUAGCUUGUGCUGUACGGCCAACAGCAGCCAUCCCUUUUAUACCUCUCUGUUUGCAGCACUUGUGGUUCACACACUCAAAGAUGUGGCUUUUAUUUAAAUACAUUGUCAUUAUAGUAGCUGUAGGUGUCAUGAGUGUGGGAUUGGAUACAUGGUAUUACGGUGAAUUAGUCGUUGUACCAUGGAGGUUUGCUCACUUCAAUGCACUAUCUGGUUUAGCAUCUCAUUAUGGUGUUCUUCCCUGGCACUGGUAUGUGACCCAAGGUUUGCCAGCAACACUCACUACCCAUCUGUUGCCAUUUAUGUUGGCUGCCUUGUUUUAUCCAAAUCGCCACAAGGAAUUACUGUCCAUCUGUUUAUGGUCCGUUAUAGUCUAUAGCUGUUUAGGUCACAAGGAGUUCAGGUUUCUGCUCCCAAUCCUUCCUCUGUGCCUCUGUAUUGCUGGUGAUUUGAUUGCUUAUGAACUAACUUCAUAUUCCAAGAGGAAAACUCAACUUUCAAAAUACAAAAGUGUUGCUGGUUUCUCCUUUCUGAUUAUACCCAACCUCUUAAGUGUGUUGUACCUGGGUCUAGUUCACCAGCGAGGACCACUGGACACAAUGACAGUGCUACAACAUGACACUCAGAGUCACAAGUCAAAUGUUCUUUUUCUUAUGCCCUGUCACUCAACUCCAUAUUACAGUCAUAUACACAAAAAUGUAACAAUGAGGUUUUUGACUUGUGAACCAAACCUGCAACAGAAGGAGAAUUAUUUAGAUGAGGCUGAUAUAUUUGAGCAAGACCCACUUAACUGGCUACAUCAAGAAUAUGGUAAUACCUCCAGUACUCUCAAAGAGCAAGUGAGAGUUUCAGUGUCAGCGAUCACUGGGAGUUGCGUUGUCAAUUAUCAUUAUGAACAAGAAAGACGUUUCUGUUCCGCCUGAGGAGGGUGUUGAGGAGUCUGCAGUGCCUGUGGUUGAAGCAGAGGCUACUCAGGCUGAGGGUCAGGAGUUGUGACCCCACCUGGAUGACUAUUUUGUUCUCAAGGGAUAUGAAGAACGCCAAUAUUUUGUACUUUCUGUGCGUCAUGUGCCAGUCCAAGGAGACCAUCAUCAAGGGACAGGCAGUGAGCCUCUACAACUUGAAGUUGCAUGUUAAGAGGAAACAACACCCAGCGCAUGCCAUCAGUUUGAGGAGAGAAUCAAGGCCGGAUCUUCCCAUGGAAAACACGGGCAAUCUUUUUGUGGCAGAACUUCAGCGGCAUCACUCAGUUCCGGGACAGCAGAAGCCACAGGUCACUGAAGUCAAAGGCACAGAGCAUGAUGAAGACCUGGCUGGAGACCGGCUUGAAGGAGGUCACGAGUGAAGUUACCUUCUUGGGUGGGCAAGUCUUGAUUGACCUAUUCAUUAAGUACAGCACUGCCAUCCCAUCCAGUGCUGCAGUUGUGCACCUAUUCUAUAUAGGCAAAGAUAUCUUGCAGAAAAAGGCACAAUACCGUGACUGGAACGAUACACAAAUAACCCGCACAUAGAAGAGAGGAGCUUAUGACGACGUUUCGGUCCGACUUGGACCAUUUACAAAGUCACACUAACCAGAAGUGGAGCACGAUGGCUAUAUAUAGGCAGGAAGAGGUAGUGGUGGUAGUAGUAGUAGUAGUGGUACUACUACCACUACUACUACUACUACUACUACUACCACCACCACCACCACCACCACCACCACCACCACCACCACCACCACCACCACCACUACCACUACCACUACCUCUUCCUGCCUAUGUAUAACCGUCGUGCUCCACUUCUGGUUAGCGUGACUUUGUACAUGGUCCAAGUCGGACCGAAACGUUGUCGUAGGCUCCUCUCUUCUAUGUGCGGGUUAUUUGUGUAUAUCUUGCAGGCCAAGAGAGCUACCCUGUCAGAUGGAAACUUUGAGAGGCUGAUGCUCAUAAAGGGCAACCAGCAUCACAUCAAAGCGAUGGAGAAGGCACAGCCAGAGUAGUAAUCAGCUCAGCCAUCAUCUGAUCUUGGCAUGAUACCAAUGCUAUGCAUUUUGUACAGUAAAUAAAGUGUAUAUUUGAUCCAAA